AUGGGCAUAACAAUAGAUAUGGCUAAAGCCUUUGACAGAGUCAACUGGGGUUUCCUUCUUCAAGUUCUAUCUCAAAUGGGAUUCAGUCCUCAGUGGUGCAAUCUAAUCCACCAAUGCAUAUCAACUACCAGCAUGGCUGUCAUAGUUAAUGGAUCUCCAAGAAAGUUUUUCAAACCCUCCAGGGGAUUAAGACAAGGGUAUCCCCUAUCCCUUUACCUUUUCCUCUUCUGUAUGGAAGCUCUACCCAGAUAUCUGACUCAUGCUGAAACUCAACACCAAAUUCAAGGAAUCAAGAUUUGCAGGGAUGCCCCAGCCAUCAACCACCUUCUGUUUGCUGAUGAAUGCAUGGUAUUCUGCAAAGCCAAUAUGCAAGAAUGCAAUAACCUUAUCCAAAUCUUUCAAGAAUUUGGGCAAUCUUCAGGUCAGCUAAUAAACUUCUCAAAAUCUGGCAUCUUCUUCAGCAAGAACACUGCUCCUGAAAUAGCUGACAACAUCAGUAAUACUAUGAAAGUUCAAAGGAUCAAUACAUCUGAAAAAUAUCUAGGAUCUCAACUGUUCACAACUAAGAGUAAGAUACAAGCAUUCAAACCUUGUGUUGACAAUCUAAAGUUCAGAUUUGCUGGAUGGAAGACAAAUCUCUCAACUGCUGGGAAAAUGACAAUGAUACAAUAA